AGCGCGGGCCCGGCCCGGGCAGCGGCUCCGCCUCCCCCCCCCCGACCCCCUCCUCCCAUUCCCCCGGUCCCGUCCCCCCCAAUCCCCGCCCGUUCCCCCCCAUCCCCAGCCGGCCCUGCUCGGCACGGCCCGGCUCGGCUCGGCCGCUCCCGGGCGGGUGCCACCUCCUCCUCCUCCCGGAGAGGCGGGCCCGCCCUUUGGCUGCGUUAUAAAAAAAAAAAAAAAAAAAAAAAAAAGCAGUAAUUUUAAUUUUUUUAAUUUUUUUUUUUUUGCGGGAGGGGGGGAGUUUCCCUGGUGCGGGCAGCAUGGGGCUGCCGGCCUUGGAGUUCAGCGAGUGCUGCCUGGAUAGCCCCCAGUUCCGGGAGAGGCUCCGGUCCCACGAGGCCGAGCUGGAAAAGACCAACAAGUUCAUCAAGGAGCUCAUCAAGGACGGGAAGUCGCUCGUCGCUGCCCUCAAGAACCUCUCUGCAGCCAAGAGGAAGUUUGCAGAUUCCCUCAAUGAGUUCAAAUUCCGCUGCAUUGGGGAUGCUGAGACUGAUGAUGAGAUCUGCAUAGCCAAAUCCCUGCAGGAAUUUGCCACAGUGCUGAGGAACCUGGAGGACGAGCGGAUGCGCAUGAUUGAGAAUGCCAGCGAGGUGCUGAUCACCCCCCUGGAGAAAUUCCGUAAGGAGCAGAUUGGGGCAGCCAAGGAUGCCAAAAAGAAAUAUGACAAGGAGACAGAGAAGUAUUGUGGUGUCCUGGAAAAGCACCUAAACUUGUCAUCUAAGAAGAAGGAAUCCCAGCUUCAGGAGGCAGACAGCCAGGUGGACCUGGUCCGGCAGCAUUUCUAUGAGGUUUCCCUGGAAUAUGUGUUCAAGGUCCAAGAGGUCCAGGAGAGGAAGAUGUUUGAGUUUGUGGAACCUCUGCUGGCCUUCCUCCAGGGCCUCUUCACUUUCUACCACCAUGGCUAUGAGCUUGCAAAGGACUUCAGUGAUUUCAAGACUGAGCUGACAAUCAGCAUCCAAAAUACAAGGAACCGUUUUGAAGGAACAAGGUCAGAGGUUGAGUCCUUGAUGAAGAAGAUGAAGGAAAAUCCUCAUGAGCACAAAAACAUCAGCCCCUACACCAUGGAAGGCUACCUCUAUGUGCAGGAAAAAAGGCACUUUGGGACCUCCUGGGUGAAGCAUUACUGCACCUACCAGAGGGACACCAAGAGGAUCACCAUGGUGCCAUUUGACCAGAAAUCUGGGGGGAAAGGGGGAGAAGAUGAAGCUGUCACCCUCAAAUCUUGCACAAGGAGGAAAACAGACUCCAUUGAGAAGAGGUUUUGCUUUGAUGUGGAAGCUGUGGAUCGGCCUGGUGUGAUCACCAUGCAGGCUCUUUCAGAAGAGGACAGAAGGCUGUGGAUGGAGGCAAUGGAUGGCCGGGAACCGGUCUACAACUCGAACAAGGACAGCCAGAGUGAAGGCACUGCCCAGCUGGAUAACAUUGGCUUCAGCAUCAUCAAGAAGUGCAUACAUGCUGUGGAGACAAGAGGGAUCAAUGAGCAGGGGCUCUACCGAAUCGUUGGGGUAAACUCCAGAGUUCAAAAGCUGUUGAGUAUAUUAAUGGAUCCCAAAACAGCCACAGAAACAGAGACAGAGAUCUGUGCAGAGUGGGAGAUAAAGACCAUUACCAGUGCCCUGAAAACCUACCUGAGAAUGCUCCCAGGGCCACUCAUGAUGUACCAGUUUCAAAGGAGCUUCAUCAAAGCAGCAAAGCUGGAGAACCAGGAGUCGAGGGUGUCAGAGAUCCACAGCCUCGUCCAUCGGCUCCCGGAGAAGAACAGGCAGAUGCUGCACUUGCUCAUGAACCACUUGGCAAAAGUUGCAAAUAAUCACAAGCAGAACCUGAUGACUGUUGCUAAUCUGGGUGUGGUAUUUGGGCCAACACUGCUUCGACCUCAAGAGGAAACAGUUGCAGCCAUUAUGGACAUCAAAUUUCAGAACAUCGUGAUUGAGAUUUUAAUAGAAAACCACGAGAAGAUAUUUAACACGGUGCCAGAGACUUUGCCAUCGAACUCACAGCUGCUGCUAUCUCGCAAGAAGAGCACCGACUCCAAGCCGCCCUCCUGCAGCGAGAGGCCUCUGACGCUCUUCCACACCCCCCAGCCCACUGACACACAGGAGAACAGGAACAGCAUCAUCACCUCCAGCCUGGAAUCUGUCAUCUCUGCAAACACAAACAGCUUCCUCAACUCCAGCACCGCUCCCCAGCCCAGCCUCAACUCCAGUGAUCUUGAACUAGAAGUAAUUAAGCCCACCAGGCCAAAUUCACUCCCUCAGAAUCCAAGCCCAACGUCACCCCUCUCACCGUCCUGGCCCAUGUUCUCUGCGCCCUCCAGCCCUAUGCCCACCUCCUCCACGUCCAGCGACUCAUCCCCCAUCAGCUCACCCCUGCGGAAAGCCCGAGCCCUGUACGCCUGUAAAGCAGAACACGACUCUGAGCUCUCCUUCACAGCAGGCACUGUGUUUGAGAACGUUCAUCCAUCCCAGGAGCCUGGCUGGCUGGAAGGGACCCUCAAUGGGAAGACAGGAUUGAUCCCUGAGAACUACGUUGAGUUCCUAUAACCCCGGGCCAUGGGCUGCCCAUGGCAUCCAUGGAGGGGCCCUGCAGGACACUUUGCUCAUCCCCACGGUGGGAUGUGGGGUGAGACCUCCCCUGGACCCUCCAGGAUGGACCUUGGUGUGGAUAACAGCAGCCGUGUCCCCGGGCUGGGUCCUGGGGAGGGGGAGCAUCCCCCUCCCAGCCAUCCCCACAGCCCCUGGGGGACCAACCUGCAAACCAUCACCCAGUGAGACUGCAAAGAGCACCCGUGGGGGCUGAGGGACCCCCACCCCUGGGCUCCCCACCCCCAGGAGGGGGCUGUGCCCUUGGCCAGGGGGUUGGGCUCUUGCAGGCGAGAGCGAGCUGCUCGGGGGGCUCUGCAGGGUGCAGGGAGAAUAGGAUGGACCAAACAUCUCAAAUUUGGGGGACUUUUGUUGUUCUGUUCAUUUUGGGUUUGUUUUUUAUCUCCCCCCCAAAAAAAAAAAAAAAAAAUUGAAGAUUUUUGCAAGGUAAAACCUCUGUGAUCUGUGCAGCCUGUGUCCCCUUCCCGGGAGGGCAAGGUGCAUCUCCAGAGAAAUCCCACUCCCACUCCUUUGGUUUCUUGGGCUGUUUUGUAUCUCCACUUCCCAAUGCACAGAGACUUCCACGCUUUUGCCAAGGCCCAGGCUCCUGAUGUGCCAUUUUGGAGCUGCUUUUCCCACUCUCCACCAUUGCUUUUUUAGGUGGUCUCCUUGCUUGGAGCCUGGCGUGUGGUCUGUCCAUGCCGAGCCUGUGCAGUUCUGGUUGUGCAAGGUAAAUUAUUUCCAUACUCAUGGGACAUUGUUUGCUGGGGUGGCUGAGCUGGGGUCUCCAGAAAACAAAGGGUGAGCCCUUUGUCCCCACCACCCCUCUGUCCCUGCCCCGGGGAGGAUGCUCAUCCCUCCCAGGACUCGGGGGGGAGUGGUUGGCAGAGCCCGUCUGCAAAACUCUCCCUCUUCUGGGACAUUUUUAAGGGAGAAUCUGGGAGGAUUCCAGGAGGAUUCCUCUGCAGGACUCCAGAGUUGGCUGGGUGGCACCUCAAGGGCUGGAAUGAGUUUAUUUUGUAAUAGAAAACCACGAAAAAGCCCCCAGGCUGCUGGGGGAGAGACUCAGCUGUGCAGAAGCGAGGGUGCCUGUGGGGCUGUGGGUGUUGUGUCUUUUUUGUAAGGGUUUGAAAGCCUCCGAGUGACUGAAUUGCUGUCUGUGUCACUUUUUAUUUUUGAAAGAAUUAUUGUAUAAAUAGAGUAUCUUAAAAUA